AUGCCAGUACGUACAUUACCUCCAAUUUCAUCUUUAAUUUUAAAUAAUUUAUCUAUCCUAAUUGUAGGAUGGGGUUUGAAUCAAGGUACCCAAAUUAAAUUACCUGCAAGUUUAAGAGAUGCUGGCCAUAAACAGUUUCUAACAAAUAUUUCAGUUAUUGCAACUCUAAUUUGCAGUAUAGUCAACGCCACAAAUUAUUUUGUUCAAAGAGAUAUCGAAGUUUUCAGUAACCAUUUUAAACAAAAAUUUAACCAUUUUUCAAGACAUGUAUUUCUACCAAUUGCUUUAGUAAUGGAGACUUUGGUGCCCGUCGUUUAUUGGCCUUUGCGACUAUUUGCAAGACAUUUAAUUAUGCAAGACGUUCCUGACAAUAUUCGUAAUCCAAUCCCAAUCUCAGUAGAUUUAGCAAUUCAUUUAUUCCCAACCAUUUUCUUAUUUUCAGAUCAUUACUUCACUGGUUAUGGUUCAAGAUUCGAAAUUACAAAUCAAAGAGCUUGGUUAAUGGUAACCGUCCUAGGUGUAGGCUAUAACAGAUGGCUAUACUAUUUGAUCGAUUUAUCAAAAGGUCAGGCUUUCCCUUACCCUUUCUUAGGUGUCGCUGAACCUUACAGAAGCUUAACUUUCCUAUCAUUGACCUCAUUCACUUGGGUACUCUUUUGGAUGUACCAAAAAUUCCCUCCGAAGACUACCACUCCAAAACAAAAGGUCAAUUGA